AUGUUUUACCGAGCAAGCUUCAAGCCUGGAGAUAUAUUUCUCUACGGAAUAUACGGAAUCCAGUACCAAGGCCAGAGUCUUUCAGGCCGGCAGUUGCAUCUCGUUCAACAGUUCGACGAGCUCAUCGCUGGGCAAGCUCACCUUGAUCGCAUCACUGUUCCCGGCAACGAUGGAUUUGCCACUCAGAUAUGGCUCUCAUACUGGUGGCCGGAGUCUCACGCAGAAUGGUGGUCCAAGCCUGCCGUUAAAGAGUUUUGGGACGGCCUUCCGGAAGACGCAGGCAUGUGGCGAGAAGUCCUUACCGUCUCGCCCAGCAGAGUGCAGAACGCAUGCACUGCCGAGUUGAAGAACGGACUGAACGGCCUUGGAGAUAUGGAGCUGUUGACGGGGCCUGUAUCCUUGAAUGUUCCACAGUCUGAGACGUGA